GAAAAAUCGACUUACGCAUCACUACCUAUUGUCAUAAUAAUUUGUUUUAUUAACCGGUACGUACGUGGUUUCAUGCUUAACCGUAAACGUCUACUAUGAGUUCCCAUUUUGGAAACAUUUUGCGACAGGCCCUGAAGACAUUCGAUCGCAAAAAUCAGAACUCUCUCAAAAAUAAUUUAUUGAUUUUGAAACAUUUGACAGAUCAACUUUCUAAGAGAGACAUUCUCAUCGAUGAGGAAAAACUGCUUAAAGAUAGCCUCUAUCGAACUCCUGGCCAUGCACCUUGUACUUAUAUGCAUAUAUUCGAAGAUGAGACUGUGUCGAUGAGCGUUUUUAUAAUGAGAGGUGGUUAUACUAUGCCGUUGCAUGAUCAUCCUUGCAUGCAUGGUCUAUUGAAAGUCAUCCAUGGUAAACUCAAAAUUCAAACAUAUACUCAAGACAUUAACUCCAGCAGUGAUGCUUGGAAUGAGACUGCACCACACAUUAAGGAAGUGGAUGUUAUUCAAGAAGAACCUGUUACUGUUACUUCGGAUAUGGGGUGCUCUCUGUUGACACCGACAGAAAGAAAUUAUCACGAAAUUACGGCAGUGGGUGGGGUUGCAGCAUUCUUUGAUAUAUUAGCGCCACCCUAUGAUGCUGAUGUUCCUGGACUCGGUCCCAGAUCAUGUACGUUUUAUGAAACAAUUCAUCCUGACAUCUUAGAGAAGUCUGGCGAAUGUAACACAGAUUGUAAACCAAAAUUAAAGCUAAGACGUACACCAGCUCCUGUGUCAUAUUACUGUGAUACAACGGAUCCACAUGAAGCGUUAUUACGAACGGUUUUUAUGUAUACCAAAGAGGCUUAUAGCCCUGUAUAAGCAAUAAUUGAAACGGUUAAUAGAAAAAUUAAAAUAGUUCUAAUUGCAUGUAAACCAAAAAUGCCUAUAACUCUUAUCUAAUAUUAAGGACACUAAUAUAAUAUUUAAAAAAGAUGUUUACCAGUGUUGUAAUGUCACUGUCGAGAAGCCUUGCCUAACUUACUAACAUCUAAAAUCUCACAAUAAACCAUCAAAUUUUAAGCUGUACAUUGAGAUUGGUAAGAAUUGUAUGUAUCUCGACUGUAGUUUCUCCUUAAUACAAUAAAAUACCUAUUUAUUAGACACUAAUAUUAUAUUUACUGCAUUAAAAACACAAAAGCGGGAUAUUGGAAUCAAAUACACUGCAUUAGAUUCUGUAUUACGAAAACUCACUUUUUUCAAACUUUUCACGUGAAUA